CUGCGUCCCGGCAAGACGAUCGACGAUGGCGGAGGAGCCCUGGAUACAUAUGGAUAUUUCAUCAAUAUGAUAAAGGCCAUUCGCUGUUCUCCAGUUGAGAAUAUCUGUCUCUCUUUCUUGCGUGGUGUGUGUUGCUCAUCCGGUUUUCUCGUACACAAUCCCCGAACUCCAUGUUACAUCAGCAGGAGCGGGAGCGCCUACAGCUACCUACAGCUACACAGGCAUGGGGCAUUACGAUUUUUUUUUUCCCCUAGAAUAGUCAUACCAGCGACAGAAGAUCUUUCCUUAGGUGUUGUUUUCGCUUACGCUUCGGCGUUGCUCUAUAUGAUUGAGACAGUUUUUCUUUUUACGGAAACGGAAGUUCGUUGUGCCUAG